GAGAUUCUCUGGAGCAGAAAGGGGUCAAUUAUUUCUCUCACAGCAUGCAUCGACCAAUAGAAAGGGUAACGAAAGUAUAUUACACAGUGCUUGCUGCAAUUGGUGUUCCAGUUAAUCUGGGUGCCAUCGUGAUCCUUUCCCGAGGAAACUGCGGUCUCUCGACUUGCACGACUUGUUACCUGUUGGCUAUGACAGCGGCGGAUCUAAUGGUCAUCAUCACUGACAUCAUAUUGAGACACUUCGGUUAUUUUUAUUAUCCAUUAUCCUUCCUGGACAUCACUCCUGUGUGCAGCAUGACAUACUUCCUGGCUCGUGAAGCAGUAGACUGUUCCGUCUGGUUCACCGUCACCUUUACCAUUAAUCGAUUUAUGGCCAUUUGUUGCCAGAAACUGAAGACCAAGUAUUGCACGAAGUCCACUGCAGUUGUGGUUCUCUCAAUAACCUGCAGUCUUCUCUUUUUGAAGAAUAUUCCCUUCUACUUUGUGUAUGAACCUCGUUGGAUUGUUGAAAAUGUGCCAUGGUUCUGUGCCACAAAAGCAAACUUUUAUGUUGAUCCUGGAUGGUUGGUCUUUAACUGGCUCGAUACAAUUUUAACACCAUUUCUCCCAUUUGUUCUCAUUCUAUUCCUUAACACUCUUACAGUGAAACAUAUUUUAUUUGCAAGUCGGGCUCGCAAGGAGCUGAAGGGGCAGAGCAAGAGCGGGUGCCUCAGAGACCCAGAGUUGGAGAGCAGAAGGAGAUCUGUGGUUUUACUCUUCACCAUAUCUGGCAGCUUCAUACUGCUGUGGCUGACCAAUGUUAUCGAUUUCACUAUUGUCAUGUUCACAGAUUUGGGUUCGGGUGAUUUUUGGUAUGUAUUUUCAGAAGUCGGCUGGAAGCUGCGGAACUUAAAUUGCUGCACAAAUACAGUUAUAUAUGGGGUGACUCAGUCACAGUUCAGAAAACAGGUCAAAAGUGCAGUGAAGUAUCCUCUCACAGCAAUUAUUCGAUUAAUCAAUAAAGACAUGACAUUGUAAAUAGCUAGCUACCUGCCCCUGUGUUUCCACUCCAUCAGCCAAUCGAAGUAAGGACUGGUUUUAGGCCUAAAUAAUGCAUCCAGAAUGAAGAGAGGGAAAGUGAUGGUGGGAAUGGUCUGUGAUCUGGGUGGGGGUGGUGGCGUGGUGAAUGGGCCACUGGGAUGGAGAACAGCAGCAAAUCAGCGACAGCCACUUCCACUCAGCCGAUUUGACACUCCACACCUUACCUCUGCCCAAACAAAACAAAAUAAAGAUGACACGUUUGUGUUCACUGACUUUGUAGGCCUGCCAUUCCCAACCAAUGCCGCCUCUGAUGGAAAGAGAAAAUACUUUGGAGAAGUGUUCUUGGUCUGAUAACGUGAGGUACUAGAGCUUGUGCUAUGAUUCAGAAAGUGGUCAUGCCUGAGGGACAAUCCUGCAGUUGUUGUACAUUAACCCAUAUCCUGGGCACCAUUGUCCUGGGUGGGAGGUUUGCUAGAGCUAUUCAGGAGAGUUUAAAGUAGUUUGACAGUGGGAUGGGAACCGGAGUUACGGAUCAGAAGAUGGGGUGAUCAGUGUACAGACAGUUAGGGCCAGCAGAAAAUCUAUGAGGAACGGCAAGCAGAUGAUUGGGCAAAUUGGCAGUCUGUGCGAUGGUUUGACAUGAGUCUAUUUCAAUGCAAGAAGUGUCAGGAAUAAGGGUGACGAAAUAGAGCAUGGAUCAGUUCUUGGAGCAAGAAUGUUGUGGCCAUUACGGUGACUUGGAUAACUCAGGGACAGGAAUGGUCGUUGGAAGUUCCAGGGUUUAGAUGAUUCAAAAUAAAUAAGGAGGGAGAUAAAAGUUGUUGAGGAGUGGCAUUGCUAAUCAGGGAUGGUAUCACAGCUGCAGAAAGGGUGGUCACGGAGAAGGGUUUCAACACUGAGUCAGUAUUGGUGAAAUUCAGAAACAGAAAAGGAGCAGUCACUCGAUUGGGAGUGUAUCAAUUUUCCCCAGGGCUUUCCCAUUUACCAUAUAGUUUGUUCUUGAAUUGGAUCUUCCAAAAUGCAUCAUCUCACACUUGCCCAGAUUAAACUUCAUCUGCUGUUUCUCCGCCCAACUUUUUAAUCUAUCUGUAUGCUGCUGCAUUCUCCGAUAAUCCCCUUCACGAUCUGCUACUCCACCAAUCUUAUUGUCAUCUGCAAUAUUUUGCCUACCUUCAAAAUUUUGACAUAUUCUGCAUUCAUUGAUUUCUGAUGAAACAAGUCUGGAAGAUUCACAGCUGACUGAAAGAAAGAGUAAAAUUUCCAUGUCGUGAUCUGAAAUAGAUGCUCCCCAAUUUUCAGAAAGAAUGAUCCCUUCAUUCUAGUUGAUCCCACAAAGCGGUAUAUCCACUCUGCACCUACCCGGUCAAAUCCCCUGGAGACCUUAAAUGUUUAAAUUAAGUCACCUCUGACACUGUUAAACUCCACAGGACAGAGGCCCAAGUUGACUUUGCUUUGCUCAUAAGACAGAGCUAAGACUGAAAUCUGACCAACCAGGGAGAAUCUUGAUGGCCUGAGGAGCCUUUCCUUGUUCCUUGUUUCUACUGUAAAUGUACACGUAAAGCAGAUGACUGCCAACAGGGACUGGAAGGCGCAAUGAGUGACCCUUUCCACUUUGAUGGAUUGGACGGGACAGGGCGAAAGUAAUUAAGGCCUGGAGUUUGUAAUUGGUUGAAAUAAGGUGCAGUUGGGCACCAAGUUCUCUCAAACAUAAUAUUAGGUGUGGAGUCGGCAGGAUGUCGGGUGUCGUGCGUAUCAAGGCACAGUUUCACAACAGAAGCAAAAUCAUACCAACGAAAGUUGGUAGAGUUUCUCUGAAGGGUGAAAAUUAUGGUAAAUCAAGGACAAAUUCAUGAGGCCAUAAAUCGGGCUUGCAUCUUCAGACACGUCAGAAAAUUUCAGAAAUUGCAGGCGAAUCUCAGCAGGUCUAACGGUAUCUGUGGGGCGAAAACAGAAUUAAUGUUUGAAGACCAGUGACUCUUCUUCAGAACGAUACUGGGUUCAAAACAUCAACGCUUCUUUUCACUACAGAAGCUGCCAGACCAGCUGUGAUUAAAAUUUUAUUCAUUUUCAGAUCUCCAGCAACGUGGGGUCUUUGUUUUAUUUCAGGAUAUUACAUUUUGGGAUAUCUAGUUACAAAGUUAGGCUUUUGGACGACAACUUAUCAUCUUAGGAACACCUACGAACAUGUAUCCCGCUUCACUGCAAUAAAGUCGUGUUUUGUUUCAA